CGUCCAGAGAUGUUAUUGAUAAUGGAUAGUCAAAGUGCGCGGUCUACAACAGACUCAUAAAAGGCAUUGAUAGCGAUAAAUAUCCUUCAUUAUGGAGCACGACCAUUUUGACGACGAGAAGCUGGUGUCAAGCAACACGACUCAGAGAAAUUGGCGUGGUAUUCUCAUCGCUCUUCUUGUCAUUGUGGUUGUUCUGGCACUUAUUGUAACUUCGGUUAUUUUGUUGACCCCUCCAGAUGAAGGACCUCGAAUAAAGGGUGCAAGAUUUCGUAUGCAAGAUUUCCUUGGUCACGAUUUUCAAGUCUUACGAUUUAACGGAACGUGGGUAUCAGAUGACGAGUUACUUUUUAAAGAUCAAUGGGGCGGAAUAAGUUUGUUACGUGCUUCUAAUUUGUCUACAAAAACGUUAAUGUCAAAUCACACUUAUCUCAGGCUGAAUCCUAUGAAGUACCAACUAUCUCCAGAUCAUCGGUUUCUUCUCUUAGCUCAAAAUGUUCAGAAGAUAUACCGACACUCUUUUCGUGCUCAGUACACCGUAUAUGAAAUAGAAUCAAGUAACAGUUAUCCUGUUCGGCCGUAUCCUCACAGUGCAGAUCACCCUUUUCUCCUAUAUGCAACUUGGACACCACGUGGUCACAGUUUGGUAAUGGUAUACAACUACGAUAUUUAUUAUCGGCCAGCACCAACUUCACACAACGCGUACCGAAUAACCAAAAAUGCAGUUCCAGGAAUUCUUAGUAACGGUAUACCGGACUGGUUAUACGAAGAGGAAAUACUGGGUACAAAUAACGCUAUAUGGAUGUCAAAGGACGGACAUAUGAUGGUUUUUGGAUCGUUUAACGAUAGUCUGGUCCAAGAAGUUAAAUUUCCUUGGUAUGGUUCUGUUGAUGAAAACCAUCUUUACCCAACGAUCCGUUCACUGAGAUACCCAAAACCUGGAACCAAGAAUCCUGAAGUUAUCCUUACAGUAGCCGAUUUAGCUGAUCCAUCUAAUAUAAGAAUGAAGGAAGUUAAGCCUCCUAAAGAAAUUGCUCACUCAGAUUAUUACUUUACUGCAGUUUCUUGGGUGACGUUAACUGAAAUUUGCGUGGUUUGGUUAAAUCGCCCUCAAAAUAUGUCCAUAGUUUCGAUUUGCAAAACACCAACGUGGAUUUGUCACGAGACUCAAAAAAUUAUUUCAACUGGACAAGGAUGGGUAGAUAUGGGCACUUCACCGCUGUUUGGUCGAGAUACUUCCAAAUACAUUACAAUAGCUCCUGUUCGUGAUGGACCUGCAGGGUUUUUUAAGCAUGCCGUUUCUGUUAACAUUCCAAAAGCAAGAAUCCUACCACUAACACAUGGAAAAUUUGAAGUCACUCGUAUUUUAGCGUGGGAUCAUUUAAAUGACGUAAUAUACUUUCUUGGAAUUCCAGAUAAUAAUCCAGGACAGCAGCAUUUAUAUCGGGCAACUUCUGAGCCACCACGAAAAACAGGAGCGUCUUUACCGCCCCCUUUCUGUAUCACCUGUGUCAAAGAGCCUCCUGCUACAACAAUGCCAUAUAUCGAAUAUGGCAAGUAUAUCAAUUCAAAAACUCGCCACGUUGAUGAUGACUGGCUUUAUGAUGAUCUUACGAUAACUACACCUCCAACAAAAAAGAAAAAAUCAAAAACAGAUCCAAGUGAAACUGCGCCUCCUCCAUGUUUAUACCACAAUGUAAUAUUUAGUCCGGGUGCUACAUACUUUGUGAUAGAAUGCUUAGGCCCAAACGUACCUAACAGUAAAUUAUACAAAACAAGCAUUCCGAAACCCAAGUUAUUAUUGACGCUACAGGAUAAUUCUCAAUUAGUAAAACGAAUUUCCAAAAUGGCUCAGCCACAAAUUAAAACCUUUCCCGUUCAAAUAUCUGGUGGUUAUCAAGCACAUGUUCGACUGUUUUUACCACCAGGACUUCGUGAAGAUGAAAUAACAAGGUACCCCUUAGUGGUUCAGGUGUAUGGGGGUCCAGGGAGUCAAUUAGUAACCGAACGUUGGCGAGUAGAUUGGAAUACGUAUUUGGCAGGAAAUAAAGAUUUUAUUAUUGCUCAAAUUGAUGGAAGAGGGUCAGGUGGACAGGGGCAGCAAUUAUUACAUAAAGUGUAUUACAAAUUGGGAACCAUUGAAGUAUCUGAUCAGCUAGAAGUAACAGAAUAUUUAAGAGAUACCCUUCAUUUUAUUGAUAAGAAACGUGUUGCUGUUUGGGGAUGGAGUUAUGGAGGUUUCGUUGCUGCACUUGCAUUAGCCAAUCCAAAAAAUGUUUUCCAGUGUGCAAUUGCUGUUUCACCCGUUACCAAUUGGAAACUUUACGAUUCUGCGUACACGGAGAGAUACAUGGGUCUUCCAAAUGUGACAGACAAUUACAAAGGCUACGAUGAGGCAGACGUUAGCAAGAAAGCGAGACUCUUAAAAGAUAAAAUGUUUUUUCUCAUUCAUGGAACUGCAGAUGAUAAUGUUCACUUGCAGCAGUCGAUGACUUUGAUAAAGGCUCUGUCAUCUUCAGGGACAUUGUUUAGGCAAUUGAUCUACCCAGAUGAAGGUCAUGGUUUAAGUGGAGUGAAAAAGCACUUGUACCGAAGUAUGGAUCAAUUCCUUGACGAUUGUUUUAAAAAGCAGGUGCCUACAGAUUUUAACACUGGUUUACGGAACGACAUGGAAUAGUAUACUUGGUAUCUUUAAUAUCACUAACAUUCAUUCAUCAUUCCUUCACUCCUUUAAGUUGGCGUGAUUUGAUUAUACAUUUUAAAAAAGUGGUUUAAAUGCCACUCAACAAUGCGGAAAUAUUCUAAAUGAAGAAAGGAAGUAAGCUGAAGACGUUAAGGAAUUCAGUAUUUAAAUGUACGCGUUGAAAAAGUCACGCAACAGAACUUAUUUUCCUGACAAUCUGCAAGUGCACGCAAAAUAGCUAAUUUUUAUUUUAAGAAAAUAAUAUAACUAAUUAAUAAUAAUUUAUACCUACCUACUGCAAAACAUGUAACACUUGCAUUAAUCAGUACCUUGAAAAUAGGUUAAGAGGUAUUAAUCUAAUAGCAAAUUUCGAAAAAAUUUUUGCUAAUCUUAUGUCACCUUGCCAUUUUAAUGGUAGAUAUAAAUCUACAUACCAUUAAAAUCAGUAUGGUACAUAUUUGACGUUGUUAACUUAAAGCGUAAAACUGUUUGUAGGUGAGACCACUUCACCUCACCUCACCUCAUCUAAUAUCACAUCACCUCACCUCACUUCACCUCACCUCACCUCAC